UUCGAAUAGCGACUCAUCGAAAUCGUGUGUGGUUUUGUCCAAAGAGGUGGGGAGAUUCUUAUUGGCUCGAGAUUUGGAAACAUUUGUUAAGAUUUUAGCGUUUUAAAGGAUUAUUUAUAAAUCAGAAACAAUUUAAAACAUGUCAGCGAGUAGCAGCAAUGAUAAAACCGAGCAAAUUGAUUUGGCGAAGCUGAGUCUUGAGCAAUUGAUGCAAAUCAGACAAGAAAUGGAGAAGGAAAUCAACAGCAUUCAGGAAUCUCUCCAAACACUAUAUAGCUGUAAAGCGAAAUAUGCCAGCUCAAAAGAAGCUCUGGAAUCAUUCCAACCUGAAUGGCAGAAUCGCCAAGUUUUGGUUCCACUAACGAGUAGCAUGUACGUACCAGGUCGCAUUAAGGAUCUCGACAACUUUGUAAUCGAUGUUGGUACAGGUUAUUAUGUAGAAAAGAAUUUAGAAGGAUCCAAGGACUACUUCAUGCGCCGUGUAGAUUAUGUGCAAGAACAAAUUGAAAAAAUCGAAAAAAUUCGAAUACAGAAGAGUAGGUUCCUAAACGCUGUUGCUGGAGUGAUGGAGAUGAAACAGCUUGCACUCGCGAAGCAGAUGCAACAACAACAAACCGCAUAAGGACCCAACGAAUAAAUUACAGCUACAUAAGGAAAACAGUUUUCCUAUCAGAUUAAAUUCUGAUGCAUUUCAGAGUUUCUGAUCAAGAAACAUGGCUUGGAAUGGGAAAAUUCAAUUCAAAAUAAAUAGAAAUUAAAAUUCGAACACCAAUUACACACAAAUUGAUCUAUGUAUUUAA